AUGUCAUUCGGAAGCGUCGUAACGCUUGAAGAGCUGAAGAUCUUACUCAGGGCAGCAUCUACAGAGCUCAACGCCACCGGAAGAGACUCGCAACCGUACCGCCCCGAUGACUUUACUGUGGCGCGCAGCGUCCGUCUCGUCGAGAAAAACGGAUUGCCCCUGAUCGUCAAGUAUGGUACGCGCGUCAAACCGGUAGAGGCCGAUACAACUCUCUUUGUCUCCCGCAACACGUCUGUUCGUGUGCCCGACAUUUACGCUAUCUUUACUGAGGUCGAGCAACACGAAUAUGAAGAUGUCGAGGGCAUCGACACCGCUGAUAUCGAAGGCCUAGGCUCCGUGGCCGACGAACCGCGGUCUAUGACUUACAUCGUCGAGGAACGCCUUCCUGGUCGAACACUCAAAGAGGCCUGGCCGGUCAUGACCCACUCGGAACGCUUGGCGGUCGCAGUGGAUCUCAAGAACAUCUUCACGCAGCUCUCCGAGCUCGCUCCCAGGCGUAUCUGUCUUGGCCCUCUCUGCGGUCCGUGGCAGAACGAGUUCUUCCGCCCGUUCGAGGACUGUUCUCCAUGUGGCGACAACGACGCGCGCACGCUCCGCGACUUCCUCUCGUACUUCCACGGCAUCGCCACCUCCGCCGGGUCGCGCGCACACAAAUGGCGGUUGGACCACAUCGAUCUCGGGCGGCACGCGGUGUUCUCGCACGGGGAUCUACAGCCCUGCAAUAUCCUGGUCUCCAGCGACAGGGGCGCGCGCGUGGUGGGCAUAAUCGACUGGGCCGCGGCAGGCUGGUGGCCGUAUUUCUGGAACACGUUCGUGUUGCUGAGCAGCAAGGCGCGCUUCCGGAGCCUGGACGGGUGGGAGAAGAUCAUGCCGAUACUGUGCGAGUGGCUUCCGGAGGAGGCGCGGGAGUUUCAGACGGUGCUGUCCGCGGCGAUGGCGGCGCUCGGUGAGGUCGAAGAUGAAAUGCAGCAUACGGAGUACUAA